CUACUUGUCAUUGCUGCUCUUACUUUAUUAGCUUUUGCACUCUAUGUUCAUUGCCAACAUUUGUCUGCGUCUAUGAUGGAUUGAUAUGGCUUUACUGAAAAAAGCGGCUGCUAUAGGUUACUGCUAUCUCUCGAACUGAAAUAUCGGGAAUUCAAGGUGGAAUUUCCUUGUGCACCCAAGGUGUUACCUAAAUUAUUGAUUUUUUGAACAAAAAUAACAAAAGGUCCAGGCAAACCUUUGCCUGGAAUCUUUUCCGUAAUAUUCCUUUCCCACUGUUUCUCUUGCUUUUGCAGCCAUGAACAAUGUCGCACCACCCCGGCCUGAUAAAAGCAAACUACGCAGCCUGCCCAGUUCUGCCUCAUUGAGCACUUUCGUCGAACCUUCGAGACCUGGACGAGCCUCGGCUCCUCUUGUUCGCAGCUUUUCCACCGAUUAUGUAGCAACGUCUUUAGCCGUUCAGUCACCCACUGUCCCACCUCAAUUGAAUGCUUCCGCGUCCACACAACCCUCUCUACCAGCGAGAUUCGAUCACGUCCCUCCUCCAACAAAGUAUCGCAGUCGAUUUAUCGAACGAUUCGAUCACACGCCACCUCGGGAACUUUUGAACACCUUGUCCGAAUCGACGCCUCAAGGCCCCGAAAGAAGACCGAGACGUCAAAGCACGGUCAAACGACUGCGCUUAGCCCUGACCCAUUCUCACAGCACAUCCGUCUUGGAAACUAUUAGUUCACGCGUUCAUCCAAGCACUCCUACUGCUGCUGCAGGAAUUCCCGCUGUCAGCUCGCCCACCACUCCGACACCGGCCAGCAUGGCUGUUCAUCGAACGGUCUCGGACGGCUCGAUCAUGCGCUCCCCUGUGGACAACGGCCCACAAGAAUCAUUGACGACGAACGAUAAUUCAAGAGAAUCAUCAAUCACACGUUCGGCUGGAUCUAGUUUGCAGAGUUCAGCGUCUACGCCAACAUCGUCAUUUAUGAAACCGCAACGACUGGGCAGCAGCCAAUCCAUGCCAUACAGCACCACCAAAUCGGCGACCUCACCUACCAAGAUCAGCAAUAAGAUGUCGUUGGCCAACUUGAACCGAGCUAAAGUCAUUAUUAAUCGUCUUGAAGAAUGGCUUCAUUUUAUUCGUACGCUCAUCAGUUGGACAGAGGAAGUGUCGAAAAUCUGUCUGCAGAGUAGCCGUAGCUAUUAUCACCGAGCGCUUCCCUUGUCCGAAGAUUUCGACAGCACCAAUGGACCAGAGAUUGCCAUGGCCACCAUUCAAGCGGGUUUGAGCAUGUUGACCAUGCAAGUGGCGGAAGAACAACGCAAUUUUAGUCGCAAGUUGCGAGACUCUUAUUUACCGUGUUUGGUGAAAUUCAAGAAAGAAUGCAAAGAGAAAAUCCGGAGUCUGAAAAGCAACGACGAUCUUUUAUCGGAUGAACUGUUGCGACGAGCAGAAACGACUCGAAAAAGCAUGAGUCAACUAAACAAGGCUUGCAAAGCAGCCGAAAAAGCCAAACAUCAAAUCGAACACGAUCCAUGGUUAGCCAAUCUCUAUGUGCUUCGAUAUUUGAAGCAGGAAAUCAAUGAAGAGAAUCGGUUACGGUUAUUGAUGGUAGAUGUCCAGAAAGAUACGGCCGAUUUUGAGCAACGCUUGAUAGAAGCGGUCAAACCGAUCGUCCAGUUUUGCUACGAGUAUUUGGCUCCUGGUGCUUGGCAUCAUGCCUCCGAUCCAGAAACGGCGUCAAUGAAACUUGUGAUGGAUCAAAUUAUACCCAAUCACGAAUGGCACGCUUUCGCAGAGAAGAAUGUCAAGGAACUUGUUCCCGAACAUCAUCCAACAAAGGAUUAUCUAAAGAUCAAUUAUCCUCACAAGCUCCAUCCUUACGUAUUAACACUGCAAAAGGGGAAAAUGCAACGACGCACUGGUGUAUUGAAGCAAUACAUCGACCGUUACUAUGUUCUCAGUCAAUGCGGUUAUUUGCAUCAGUUUCGUCUCGAUGACAAGGUGUCUCCUGAACAUUCAAUUUACAUACCCCAGUCGACCAUUGUACCCUCGGUCGAUAUCAGUCAUCUGGCGAAUCAAAUCAUGGAAACCACCUCCGACAAUACGAAACAGGAAUUCACGUUUGAAAUUAUCCGUCCAGGCAAUGCGAGAUUACAACGUGAUAAGGCUUACGAGUUCCGCGUGUCCAGUCGCAAGGAAUUACUGGAUUGGUGUCGUCUGUUAUGCGAAAUUGCUACCCGGCCUCCGGGGGCGAUUUCGCAAACACUUUUACCUCAGUCUAGCCUGCUCCUUACGUCCACAUUGUCGUCAGGUUCCUCAUCAGAGGCGCUACGCAGCGACAAUAGUCUCGCCGUAUCCGUUGUCUCCUCCGGCAGAGCCAGUGACGAACAGCGUCAAAACUCUUGUACUUCCAUUCCACAUACUGUCCAAACUCUAUGGUCCCACCGUGCCAGUCAGUCGACCAAUGCUAAAAGCAACCAGAGGCAAAUUGCCCAAGCAACCGAUUCUAUACCCGUAACCUUUGCCGAGGAAGAACCGGCCCCCAGCAUUUAUACCGAUGCGCCUACCGAGCUUGAACCUCCUCAAGACACCCGUCCAGAAACAAACCAAGAUCCAGCAGACACAUCAAGCAUCCACAGCGACGCUACCGCCAAAGACGAACAUUAUACCAGUACCAAACCUCGCCCCAUCUCUCUGGUGAGCUCCCAUAUCGAUGACGCCGAGUCCUCGGUUUAUCUAUCGGCAGCUUCUACUCUAUCCUCCGGUUCAUCAACGACAUCCUCCAUUAUCAAUAUGGAAGAGGUAAAUUUUCCAGCCCUCGAUAAUGAAAACGAAAACGAUUUUCCAGUCACGCCUACUGUUUCAGCUAAUGCCAAGUGAACACAGUAUCACUCUAUCAACCCAGUUCCCUAUAGUAACAACUAGAAUAUAAUGCUUUCUCAGAAUGAGCGAUUAAAAUGGUCGCAAUCACCUACCACUGUUUCUCCCACUGUGACCAGCACAAUAAAGGUCCUACAUAAUUAAUU